GGUGGGGGGGCGUGUGCACAAGGGGGUGGGAGCGUGUCGACGUCACCGCUCGGUCUUUACUGUCAACGCCAAAAUAAAAGGGAAAAAAAAACUUUUGUAUUGGACUCAUAAGUAAAAACACUUUGUAGAGAGGAAAGAAGGCAGUAAGAAAAAUCAUUGUCUUAUCCUGCCUGUUAUGGUUGUUCGGACACGGCGUUGUUCACGUAGCAGAGGAGGCUUUUUUUUCUCUUUCCUGGGGUCGCACAGGGAGAGCCAGCGGGCUGUUUCAGUUUAGCCGACUUGCUAGCUAACGUCAAGUUGUAAGAAAGUGGAGAAGACGGUGGCUAAACGGGGCUUAUCCGCCUACACAGACCUAUGCGACGGAUAGCAGCAGCAGCAUAGUGCAGCGGAACAAGGUCAAACGUGGACGGCAGAGCACCUCUUCUGUCCGGGCUGUCAACCGCAGUGAGGAGGCUCUGUAUGCUGCCUCUUCCCAUGGGGCAGUGUGAACCAGCCUGCCAGGUGAGUGAUGGAGACGAGAGAGUUGACCGUGGUAGCUGGCAGCUUUGUGGGUUUCCAGCUACUCUUCUCAGUGGCCAGUCCGCGGCUCUCCUCUGCCAUCGCACCGGGUUAUGGACGGCUGCCUCCCACCAAACUGACCGAGUGGAACUCCAGGCUGGUGUCAACUGUGCAUGCUCUGAUUGUGGGCUUGUUCUGCCUGUACAUCCUGUGGUUUGAUGAUGCGGUCAACGCCAACCCCGUUUGGGGUGACCCCAGUCUUGUCAAACUAAAUGUAGCCAUAACCUGUGGUUACCUCCUUUACGACCUUGUGCUGCUAGCUUGUAACUGGAACACUAUGGGAGACAGUUUUUUUGUCUGUCACCACUUGGCGGCGCUCUAUGCAUAUGGAUAUGUACUGAGUCGUGGCGUGCUUCCCUACUUUGCCAACUUUCGUCUCAUUUCAGAGUUAUCUACACCGUUUGUGAACCAAAGGUGGUUCUUUGAGGCAUUAAAGUAUCCUCGCUCACACCGAAUGGUGGUGUUAAAUGGUGUUGCCAUGGCGGUUGUGUUCUUCCUGGUGCGCAUAGCUGUCAUGCCAUCUUACUGGGCCAGUGUAUUUGCCACCUUUGGCACCCCAGACUUUGAGCGGCUGGGCUUGGGCGCCCAGGUGGCCUGGAUCACCUCCUGCAUUGCCCUGGAUAUCUUGAACACUAUCUGGAUGUACAAGAUUGCCCGUGGCUGCUACAAAGUCCUGACUGGGAGAGGAGGACGAAGGGUUAAGGAAGGAGCAGAGGCUUCGUCUUCCUCUGACAGGAAUUACGCCAACAACCACACAGACUAAAGAGAUGUAGAGCAAAGGAUGUGUCGAGACAGACAGAAGCAGGGAGGGAGGCUGGACACCCAGGAACCUCACAGCCUCUCUCUUUUGCUGUAGCCUCAGCAUCUUUCCCACCCCCGCCCUCAAAUCCCCAGUGUUAGCCCUUGAUCUCGUUGAAGUCUGCUAGUGGACUGGGCUAAGAGUCCUCAGGUGACCUCAACACAGGACAAGGAGACUGCUCUUUGGCUCACUCAAGCACCAGCCUUUGCAGCCUCAGUGUUUUCACUGACAGCUUAGUAUCCUGCUGGGUGAUAGCUUUUGGUUGCAGAUGACAAGGUAGAGCUCACAAGCACACUUCUAAUUCCGUCUGUCACUCGCCUCUUUCGUCACUACCACCAUUCCUCUCUCAUCUCCCCUCAGUCUCCUCUUACGCGCAACUUCAGCCAAAGCCCUAUCCUCUGAAGUGCCUGCGAAAGACAGGAAAGCAAUAAUACUGGAGGAAUAAGAUCACAAAGUUUAACAAAGCUUUCAAGCCCUUUCAGACAACCAUCUCUCACUCGCUACAUCUCCUGAACGACCAGAGGCCUCUUCUGUUGUUCAUAGUCCGUCCACACUUUCAGGAGACGAGGCCUACAGAGGGAAGAACUCUCCCAUCAGACCCAUACAGUGUUUGUGAAUCUAUAGGGCUCUUGUCUUAAACUCAUCAGACCUCACAAAAAGAGACAGAAAAACACCAUAAUGCCUCUUCUACAGUAUCACCUGCUGUGGCCUCCUUGUAACAAGUGGCGCCUGCCUAUAUCACCAGCCAUGCCCCUCCAACCUACUUAUAAUUUGGACUAUAUAUUUAAAAAACUGAGAUUAUGCAUGUAGGAGAGCGAAAGACACGCUCUCCAACAUCCUUAGCUCCUCACAGGACGAUUUUUGCCUUUUCAGUAUUCAUCAUGUUGGCAUCACUCUGCUGUAUUUGGCUCUCUUUAUUCUCUUAUUUUACACAGCCUCAAGUCCUUAGCAGUCACAGGAACACGUCUAACUCAUAUUACAUCCAUUGCAACCCUCUGCCUCACUGGAUAGAACUCCUUUAUCCAGCUCAAACAUUUGGUUUUGUUCUACCUCUCCCCCUGCCUUACAGAGACUUUGUCAAUCCCUUCCUCAUGAGUUAAUCAACAUUUUUUUCUUUGUACUGUACUGUGCACAGCCUUUAAAUGUUAUCUUUUGUGAUAUCACUGGUUCAGAGGGGCUUCUCUCUCUGUUAACUGUCUUUAGAGCUUAUCCCAGGCAGUGCAGGGAAAAACAGCGGCAUCACUUUUCUUGCUAAACUGUCCAGUCAGUGUAUCUUUCUAGAGAAAACACCCCGAGAGGCUUUUAUUCUUCCAUUUAUCUCCUCUGUUCUCGGCGACUCUGAGAACCUAAUAGAGGAAGGGAGUGGAAAAGGUUCAUACACACACACAUCCACUUGUGGAUGUGCAAGUUUGCACAUGCGUAGCAUAGCAUGCAAACCAUACACUGUAUUUGGUGCCCUCCUAAAACACUGACAUGGUGCUCUUCCUUCUGCUGAAUGUUAGCAAUAUGACAUUUUUCAAAAUCCCCUAUUCGAAUCAAAUCAAAUUCAUUUGGAUGUACCAAUCUGUGACAAUAAUAUGCUGUUGAAAGCAGUGUGGCAAUCUGCAUGUUUGUUUUUUUUUCCUGUAUAGACUAUAAAUCAUCACUAUAAAGCAUGGUAAAAUUGACAUAUUUCUGUGAUGCCUUAGUGAAUAGUUAAGAUAGAUGAAUAACAUCUAAAUAUUUAAUUGCAUUAAUCUAAUGCUGACAGGUUUGUCUUCCAACAGUUAAUGUUUUUUCCUCUCGGAGCAUACUGAAUGCAUGUAUUUUUGAUUCCUUUCUCCUCUCCCUGCAUGUCUGAACAGUAUAUACACAUACAGUAACUGCAGGUACCUUUUGCAUACUGUAUGGCUAACUCACUAAUUCUUACCACAUUCUCUAUAUUACAGUUGGCAUUACUUGGUUUUACAAAUUAAUUUAUCUCCUUGUCUGCCAUUAGAAGACACUAAUAACUACAUAGCUGAUAUCACGACAGACAGAAACACAAGAGGAUGUUUCAGAUUUGGCUUUUGCCACAGAAGUACACCAGAAAUGGAUGACAGGAAAUGAAAUCUAUAAUGAAAAGUGUGUUUUCUGCCUUUUUACAUUUUUACUCCUGUUUCCUCUUUGCUUAAAAGAGUACUCCACCAAUUUAGCAUUGCACUCCUAGAACAUGGUCAGACUCACAAUGUCACUUUUUUUUAAGGAUCAAAAUCGAUGCAGUAGAAACAGAGAUUAUAGUCAAGCAUCCGUCCAAAUAUUGCUCAAAUUUUAACCAAAUUCCCCCAAAAUCUGCAACAAAAUGCUGAUGAAUUUGCAAGAUAAUGUGAUUAAGAAGCACCAGUCAGACCUCAAACAGUGGAUUUAUUUAUUUUUUUUAAAAUAUGUAUUAAUUUGACAAAGGUUACAGCCUCCUGUGCUACAUGCAGAUCUGAUGUUUUCAUCUGGUGCUGUAUUUAGGCUCUCCAAGUGAGAAUGUUUCAGUCACAUGCGUCACAUAGGCACUUUUGCGAUAUUUUGCAAUUUCUUUAUUUAUUUAUUUAUUUUUUUGGAUUGAAGUUUUGGUGCAAGUUAAUGCAAAAUACAAACAGGUAGACUUGUGUUCUUUUUUUACUAUACGUAUUAUUAUUCUUUUUCAAAACCUUGUGCCUACAUUAUCCACAAUGCAACAUGACCACUGACAAUGCAACAUACUUUGUUGAAGAUUUAGGUAUGUUAUGCUAGUAGCGACUAAUGUAGUCUCAACCUGGUAGCUUUAAGCGGCGCAGCAGAGCGGGCUACAGAGGCCUGCUUAACUCAUUUCUUUCUAAUUCCACACCCCCAAAAUGUUUUUCAUUGUCAAACUUAGUAGUAUAGUUUUCAGCCCCAACUGACAUUGACUCAAGUCAUGUCACCAGAAGCAGUUGAUUAAACUUUGCACAGCUCCUUUUGGAACCACAAAAUGCUUUAUACAAUAUAUAUUGUACACCCCCAACACCUGUAAACAAACUUUGAUGUGUAAAAUCGGUGGAGUUCCCAUUUAAGUCCUUGUAUCUGUAGUUGCAUAACUAGUUAUAAUAGUCUGAGAAUGUCUGGUCAUGUUUUUCACUGUGGAACUAUAAAGCACACUCCCUGUGGAGCAAUAACUCAGUGAUCUCCUGUAUUUCUGUCUGUCACCACAGAGGAGGGGCUACAGUAACUUGUGCCUUUACACAAAUAGUGGAUGUGAUGCAGUCAGAUUUGGAUUAGCAUGAUCUUUCUAGUGUAAUAUCCAGUGAUUAUCUCCUCUCUAUUCCAUAUGUAUUCUCUAUGUAUAUAUUUUUAUAAUCUGCCUGCACAAUGAUUAAUCCGGCCAAGUAUUAUAAUCCAAAGCUGAUCCCUCUUGGGGAGCCUGUUUUGUGUUGAUUUUUGUGCUCUCCUGAAUACAGGGAUAUGUCUCUGUGAAUGUUGUGAUGGAUCAUUUAGUGGCAUUAAGAUGAGCUCACAGUGUCCAAUGUGAUGAAAAUGGAAAUCAAACUAUAUUUUUUGACUUAAGCUCUUUAAGAAAUACAGGUACUGUAGGUGAUGGGAAGGCUAACAUCUCAUUUCUCUGGCCUUCAAAACUCAAAACUGUGAAUAGUUGUAGAAUAAAACUGUAAUACUGUUCAGUCAAGAUACUAAAAUAAUUUGACUACAGUGGGGGAGAUGAUGGUGAUACACUUCUUGUAGCGGCAUUGUGUGCUUUUUGGAUGUCUCUGAGUUUAGACUUAUAGACAAACAGUUGAACUGAGUUUUUGUACUUGUCAGGGUUUUCUACAGAAUAUAUUUCAAGACCUGAUAUUUGUGCUGUAUCUCACACCCUGGGGCUGUUUGGAAAUCGACGAAUGAAUUACUGGUUGAUGAUUUUGACAAGGCUGCUAUUGUAAGGUCACGAUCUGUAUUCUGGGCUAAGUAUUGUAUCAGGUUAGAACAACCCAAUUGCCUUUGGUUUUUUUUUUUUUGGAGAGGCCAACAUUCAUUAUAUUAGAUAAUGAACAUAUUUAAAUAUAUACAUAUAUAUAUCAAAAAGGUAUAUAUGAAUCACCUCAGAAUCUUGUUCUGAGAUAGAGGAUUGAUCUCUUAGGUGCAGUAUGAUUAGGCUGCAUUAAAAUUGGUACUUAAACAGUGUAUUGUGCUGGUCUUCUCAAGGUUACACAUGGUACUUACACAGCUAUUAUUUUUGUCCCAUUUUUGUUCUUCUGAAAUCUGUCAUUUCAAGUUUGAUCCUAGUUGUACAAUGAAAUGGUAUGGAAUGAAUCUCAGUAUAACAAGGAUGUCAACAUUUAUAUAGUGACUAAGAAUGACUGGAGAACCUAAAAUCAAAUGACUCCAGUUUUUUCUCCUUUGAAUGACUCGCCAGUGUGGCUUAUGUUCCUUCCCUUUUUGUCUCCUUUUAUUUUGUCUCUCAAUGCAAUGCAAUUUCUCGUUAUGAUCUUUGUUUGUUUUUUUUUCCUGGAGAUUUUAAUGUGAAACAGCCUACACUACACACUGGCUUUAGGGUCGUUGUCUGAACAUUACCUUGUGACUUGGAUUGUUGUCAUCUACAAUGACCACUACUAAUGAUCAUGUAAUUGUAGUGCUGAAAGCUGAGACUUACUUGAAAGUGUUGUUCUUCAAUAAAGUUGAAGACGAGAGAAUA